CUCAGCCGGCCUGUCUUCAUCCAAUUCGUUGGCGACGCGUUUACAGAUCCCCCUUCGCCUCCCCUCUCUCCCUAUAUUUAUAUGCAUAUUAAUUCACUUUAUGAUCUCACAUAGGCAUCUCUUAUUAUCUUUACCGAUGACUACUCUUCAUCAGGCAAUGCCCAAUAAAGAGUUUGCUGAAGCGUAUGAAGGCGAGCUCAGAACGCCGGAGGCUCACUGCUUCAAUUUCACGUGCUUCUGGCCGAUCGGUCUCGAGUACAGGCAACUGCUUCACGAAGAUUGCGCGAAGGAGAAGGGAUCGCUCGAGGAGAGAGGGCGAAGGGGAAAGGAUAUUGCGGCGCCCCAGUCUGUGGCGCGGGCCAGGUGGAAGUCUGUGGUGCACGACAUCGGUCGGCAGAACAGUAACACCAGUAUCACGAGGCGAAGCAGGCGGUCGUUCAGCUACGACUUGAGGAGCUACGCCUUGAAUUUCGACGAAGGGGACGAUGUCGGGGCUAGGAUUACGGCCGUCGGCGUCAAUGCAACACGACGAAUAUAAGAUUGUGUACAUAGAGGUCUUGUUAUUUUGAUUGAUUAGCAUGCAAAAGCAAAAAAAAAAAUUUUCAAAUUAUUGUUUUAAAAGUUUUGUUAUAACUUGUAAUUGUUGGAUGGAUUGAUUAUUCAUUGCUGUAAUUGAUUUUGCCUA